ACGAAGGCACGUAUAAUUACGAUAGUAAUUUAUUUAGUUCCUCUGAAGUAGUGUUAUUGUGAAUACAUAGACAUGUAUUUGCUGGCACUACUCACCGUCAUUGGGUCGGCACUCGCCCUCCCAGUAAUCGAAAACAACGAAAAAAAUACCGUUUUAGAAUCCCUCUACGUCUUACCAAGAGAGACCAUACCAUUAUUCUAUGACGUCAGCUUGAUCUUGGACCCUGACAAUGAGGCUUACUUCAACGGGACAGUUGCUAUCAGGAUACUGCCUUACGUCAGCACCAGUCAAAUAGUGAUCCACGCUAUGGAACUCGAAAUCAAAACAGUUGGCGUCUACAGUGACAGAACUCCUGCAAAUGACAUAUACCUUGACCAUGAACAGAGUACUGACGAUACUCAUCUACUGAGAAUUAAUUUGAAAUCACCCUUGCCUGUAUUACAACCACACACAAUAAAUAUUAAGUACUCCGGAAAAUAUGCCCCGAAUAUGUUCGGUAUUUAUGUUUCUACUUACGAGACCAACAACCAACCACAGAAAGUGAUAACAUCUCAGCUGCAACCUACCUUCGCUCGUCGCGCGUUUCCCUGCUACGAUGAACCCGCUCUUAAGGCUAAGUUCAGUACGACCAUAUAUGCACCACCAACCUACCCCGUAGUAAGAAGCAAUAUGCCUUUAAAACCCGCAAGUGAAAACGUCAAGGAAGACAUUGCUGGCUACACCAAGCAUGAGUUUGCCGACACCCUCACCAUGUCCACGUAUCUCCUCGCUUACUUGGUAUCGAACUUCGAAUACAUCGAAAACCAGCAAAACGACAUCUACCACAUCCCCUUCAGGGUGUACUCCAGACCAGGAACCCAGACCGGUGCGGAAUUUGCUCUUAGAUUCGGACAAGAGAACAUGGUUGCGCUCGAGAAAUACGUCGAUUUCGCAUACGCGUUCCCGAAAAUCGACAAGGCUGCAGUUCCUGACUUUGCUGCCGGUGCUAUGGAAAACUGGGGUCUAGUUGUUUACAGAGAAGUAGCUCUCCUGGUUACUGAGGGAGUGACCACCACAUCGGUGAAACAGAACGUUGGUAGGAUCAUCUGCCACGAGAACGUGCACAUGUGGUUCGGAAACGAAGUCGGACCUCUUUCCUGGACCUACACUUGGCUAAACGAAGGUUUUGCUAACUUCUUCGAGAACUUCGCUACCGAUUUGGUCAGACCAGAUUGGCGUAUGAUGGACCAGUUCGUACUGAUGAUGCAGAACGUCUUCCAGUCUGACGCCGUUAUCAGUGUGAACCCCAUGACGCACCCCGUGUAUACACCCUCUCAGAUCCUCGGCACGUUCAACGCCGUCGCCUACCAGAAAUCUGGAUCUGUUAUCCGUAUGAUGCAACACUUCCUCACUCCAGAAGUCUUCCGUCAAGGUCUCAUCUUGUACAUCAAGGACAAGAGCCGUAGCGCCGCCCACCCGUCGGACCUGUACACAUCCCUGCAGAAGGCUCUGGACGCUUCCACCCACUCCAUUCCGUUCCCUCUCGCCACUGUGAUGACUCGCUGGACCACUCAGGGUGGAUUCCCAGUCCUUACCGUCACCAGAAGCGCAGCCGCCGCUCAGUCUAUUGUUGUUGCUCAGGAGCGCUACCUGACCGACAGAUCCAACCCAUCAAAUGACCGCUGGCACGUACCCAUUAACUGGGUACUGUCCACCGACCCUGACUUCUCAGACACCAGCCCGCAAGCGUGGGUGCCUCCAGCUUUCCCCGCCAGGUCCUUCGAUAUUCCCGGCCUUUCGAACGCCGAAUGGUACAUCAUCAACAAACAGCAGACAGGUUACUACAGAGUGAACUACGACCUCCAGAACUGGAUCGCCCUCGGCAGAGUGUUCAACUCCAACCACAGUCUCAUUAACGUGCUGAACCGAGCUCAGGUUAUCGAUGAUGCCUUCAAUCUGGCCAGGAAUGGACGUUUGAACUACGAGCAUGCUUUCGAGAUCUCUCGCUACCUUGAGAAGGAGAAGAACUACAUUCCGUGGGGAGCGGCCAACCCCGCCUUCACUUACCUAGACGGAGUACUCAGCGGUACUGGCGUGUACAACCUCUUCCAGCAAUACUUGCUCGCUCUAUCAGCUCCCUUAUUCGAGGAGCUCGGCUUCUUAGCUGGAGACGAAGAGUUCGUGACAGCUUACCACAGGAACAUCAUCCUGGACCUUAACUGUCGCCAUGGCAACCCGAACUGUAUCAACAGAGCCCAAGAACUCUUGGAAGGCUUCAGGGAGGGCACCACCCAACUGAACGCUGACAUUCAGACCCUGGUGUUCUGCUCCGGUCUUCGUGGCGGCAGCGUCGAGAACUUCAACUUCCUUUGGAACAGAUACGUCGACAGCUCAGACUCCAGCGAGCAGUCCAUCCUUCUGAACGCUCUUGGUUGCACCUCGAACGUGGAACGUCGUGCUUUCUACCUCGGUCAAGUGAUUGAUGACAACUCCCCGGUCAGAGAGCAAGACAGGCACACCGUCAUCGUGUCUGUGACUAACGCCAGCCCUGAAAGCACUGAAGCAGCCUUGGACUUCGUUGUUGCAAACUUUGCAGAAAUCCAACCCAGAGUACAAGGCUUGACGGGUACUACGAACAUUCUGAACGCUUUUGCUAGAAGACUUACAACGGAGGCCCAUUUGGAAAAGGUCCGUGAUUUCGAAAAACGCUACGAGGACAUUUUCUCUGCUGGCGAGAUAGCUGCAAUUGCUGGCAUCAAUGAGAACAUCGCAGCUUCCGUCACGUGGACUAAAGAUAACGCGGCUGUUGUCGAAGCCUGGCUCAGAAGCAACUACGGUAGCAGCGGAGCACCGAUGCUCGUCUCAAGCUUAAUCGUCCUCAUUUCCGCUUUCGUUACAAUCUUCAACUAUUAAAUUAAGACCUGUUAAGAACUUUAUUGUUCCUGAAUUUGUAGUUGUAUUAUAUACAUAUAACUGUAUUUGUAAAUAAAUACUCGCUGUGUUCAGUAAGAGGUGUAAAACA